UAUAUUGACCUUAUAUCUUAUCACUUGUGGACCACAAACCUAGAAUAGAGUUGAACCAAACCGUCUGCACAAUGGUUGGAAUUUCGACGAUUAUAUGUUUCUUCCUUUUAAAAGAUGGUGGCGAAUGUUUCAUUCUAUUUGACAGUUCCGGGAACGGAAACAGAAAUUCGUCUGUAUCCGUAGAUGUUUCUUGUGGACGAAUUACCGGACAAUGGAGUUAUAAGGACCAAGGAUAUUCUUUCCUUGGAAUUCCGUACGCGGAGCCACCAGUUGGUCGGUUGAGAUGGAAACCACCGGUGGCCUUGGAGGUCUCUAAGGGUAACUGUUGGAGUGGCGAAAUUGACGCCAGGGUGCCGGGAAAAGUCUGCCUCCAACCUGAUAAUGCAAAUAUUUCCCAACCUGUGGGUGACGAAGACUGUCUCUAUUUGAACGUUUGGACGCCAAGUCUAGAUGUCAAUGCAUCACUUCCAGUAAUGGUCUGGAUCCAUGGCGGUUCUCUUGUAGUCGGAAGCGGAAACGACGCGGAAAAUGGGUAUGCCCCUUCCGCCAGACUAGCACAUGAUCUGAACGUGGUGUUUGUUAGUAUGAAUUACAGGCUGAAUGCCUUCGGGUUUAUGGCAUUGGAAUUGCUGGUGGCGGGCUCACCGACUGGCACUUCCGGGAAUUAUGGUCUGAUGGACCAAAUUGAAGUCCUCAAGUGGGUCAAAAUGAACGUGAGAAAGUUUGGGGGUGAUCCGAAUCAGGUUACAGUGUUUGGCCAGAGUUCUGGAGGCACGGCCAUCUUCGCUUUGCAAGCGUCUGCACUUACCGAGAAUCUGUUCCAUAAAGCAUGGCUACAAAGCGCUUCACCGGUCAUGAACAAAACCGCGGCACAAGCGUUCAAAGACAAUAAGCCGUUUUUGAAAAACACCGGAUGUUCCGAUGUCGACUGUCUCUACAACUUGACCCAAGUUGACGUGCUGAGAAGCAUACCAUGGGACGAGUUCCCCUAUUGGUCGAUGGAUGACCAAUUGUCUUUGCCGACCGCCGGACGGUUUGACGGGGCCUUGCCCAUAGUUGAUGGCUAUGUACUUAAAGAGGCGCCAUUCGAGGCCUGGGUACACGGACACGGUCGGGAUGUGCCGACAAUUAUAGGUUCUACGGCGCAGGAAGCAAACGAAGAGCAACAUAUACCCGAGAACCGAGCACUGACACCGUCCGAAAACUACGAAAAAUAUGUCCGCCAAACUCUCGGCACAUUUGAUGACGUCAUUUUCGAGACUGCUCUAAACUUGUAUCCAUCCGCUGUGAUUUCCCCCGACUAUCAAAUUAAUACAAUGAUAUCGGACUUACGGGUGAUCUGCCCUACUGACUACAUGACGUUAAUAGCGUCGAGCGCGUUCACGUCAAACGUCUACCGUUACGUAGCCACGUUUGCGACGUCACAACCAUCGAGUCCGUUCGGAGGCUCGUUCAAAUCUCGUUAUGCCUUCCACGGUGUGGACAGCUUUGCAUUCUUCGGGACUUUCGAUAAACUUGUAAAUCCGCCAUCGGAGACAGAAAUCCUGUUCCAGAAUAUUUUCCGAGAAGAAAUCAUGUCGUUCGUGAAAAGUGGACGUCCGAAAAGCAAGGAUUGGAAGCCGUAUCCAGCAUCAACCGCCCUUGUAUCAGAGGUCACGAACGUAACCAGUGGUUACCAUACAGCAGAGUGUAACUUUUGGUUAAGGAACGGGUUUUUCUCGUAUGCGUGGAUAAACUAAUUAACAAAUCGUCGAUCUCGGAGGAGACGAAAUUAACUCAAGCUUUCGGAAAAGCUGGAAUUACGUUCUUUUCGAAAGAGACCGACGAUAUAUUUGUGUUAAUCCCUAUUACAGCCAAACGUUGUGCUUUUCUUUAAAUAAAUAACCUUCAUUUAGUCGGACAUAACUUGAACUUUCACCUUCCUUGGACCACGGAGCGUAUGACAGGAGUUGAAUCGAGUAUUUGACCCUUAAUGUAGUAAAUUCAAUUUUAUGCAAAAACUAUUCAUCCGAUUUUAUUGGUUUAUACGUUAUCUUGUUGCUUAAUAAUUCCUCUUUCAAAAAAAUAUAACUUUUAGUAUA